UUCAAAUAGAUUAAUAGAACAAUACAUUUUACCAUAUUCAUAAAUUAAUGAUUAAAUUUGGGGUUUAAUAGAAAAGAUUGGGUAUAAUGCAGAUAUCUAACAAUUUAGUUAAAAUAUAUGUAUAUUUUUUUCCACACAGCAGAUCAAUCUAGAUCUAAAUAUAAUGCAUAAAGUAUUCUGAUUUAUUAAAGGUCAUACAACCGCUUUAAAUUUUAUACAAGAUAUCUUAAGGACAUAUGUAUUUAAGGACAUUUUCCUCCAUUUAUCUACGACACAGAGAUAAUAAUCGUUUAUUUAUACUACUUGACCGCAUCUUUUCAGAUAAUGUAUUUGUUCAACUGCGCCUAAGAUAGCAUAAGAAAGUUUAUUUAAGAUUUGCUAUAUUUAUACAAUUAAAUACCAUCUAUGUUGAUCACGUGUAUUAUACUGAACAUAUCGCUAUUUUUGUGAUGUAAUUCAAUUUCUUUGGACUUUUAUCAUGAAUAAGUGAUUAAAUGUAUAAAGAUGGCACCGGUAAGCAUGUCUUCCUCAGAAAAUCAAUCUGAAGAAGUCAAUACAAAUAACAUAUGUGAUUUUAAUGAAGAUGAAGACGAAAAGGAAAUUCCAAACGACGAAAGGCGUGAUUUUCUAGCUAAGGAUGGUGCACGUAAGGAUGAUGGAAUAACAGAACAAGGAAAGUCAUAUCCAUGUAGACAAGACACUGAUAGAGAAUUAAAUGAUAGUGAAACUGAGGCGAUAGACAAAGAAAAUGAAGACGAAUGUGAUCGGACAAUUACUGUUGAUGAAAACCAAGCACCGGAUGGCGGAUGGGGAUGGUUUAUAGUUUUAGGUGCUUUACUUCUACGUACGGUAAUAGGUGGAUUAGGAAGAUCUCAUGGAUUAUUCUAUAUCCAGUUUAAGGAAAGAUUUCAUGGUACCGCAACGUCAACUGCUCUUGUGACCUCGUUAACUGGAUUUCUUAGACUGGCUGCAGGCCCAGCUGUGAGUAUUUUGAGUGGAAGAUUUCGUUGCCGGGUAUUAACAUCAAUAGGGACGCUGGUCUUGUUCAUAGGAGUUAUUCUUACAGGGUUUGGACCUAACUUGCAAUUCUUAUACUUCAGUUACGGUGUUGUGGCAGGUUUAGGUCGGGCAUUGACACUUACACCGGUGCCAAUUCAGCUAGGGUAUUAUUUUAACAAGAGAAGAAGUUUAGCAUUUGGUGUAGCAUCAGCAGGUUUCAGCAUAGGUGGAUUUGUAAUCACACCUAUAGUGGAACUACUUUUUCAAUACUACGGUUAUCAGGGUACAUUUCUGAUAUUGAGUGCUUUUGCUCUGAAUAUUCUUGUGUCGUCUGCUUUAUUUCGUCCAAUAGAAGUACAUAGAAGGUUAACAAUGCAAAACAGAAACGUCACACGAACAAAGAAUUCUUCCGAAAGUCAAUCAUUGGUACUUAAAAGUUUUGAACAAAUAGAAUCAGGAGCCGUCACGUGUUCUUCGACAGUUUCUAUAAAUAAUUUAAAGUCAAAUGAUAUCGCAUUAUCAAUAUCUCAGUCAAAAACACACAACAGUUCGGAGCAAUGUCAAAAUUCUGCGGAACAACAAUGUUGCUCGGAAAAAGUAAUUAAAAACGUAAACGAUGAGCAUAAGCAACUUAACGGGAAAGGCAAUGUUGAAAUUAUUAUAGAACAAAAUGGAAGAAGCAAGAUUCAAAAUGAUUGUGAUAAUGAAAGUAAUUUAAGAGGGGAACUUUUAGCAGAAACGAGCGGAGGAGAUUAUGAUGCUAGUGUAGAAAACUCGGCAAAGACUUUCAAUAAAAGUAAUGCUUUCUGUUGUUUUAAACGGAAACAAAAGAAAGACAGUACAAAGAAAGAUAGCAAGAAGAAAGCAAAACUGAUAUCUUGGUCUGUUCUUAAAAACACGCGCUUUCAGUGCUUUGUCUUUGCAACAUUUUGUUUUACUCUUCCGACUAGCACUUUAUUUUUACCUGCUUUAGCUAAAUCGAAAGGUGUUUCAGAUAUCAGAGCUGCUACUCUUUUGUCGAUGUCUGCUGGGUGUGACACUGUAUUCCGUGUGAUAUCAGGUUUUGUGCUCGACUUGAAAUUAUUCCGUUCUAUUCGACCUGUUAUAUACAACUUUGUUACAUUUUUACAAGCCGUUGCGGUCGUAUUGUUCCCUUUAAUGACGUCAUAUAGCGAAUUCCUGAUUCUAUGUGCGUUUGAAGGUGCUGUAGUUGGAAUAAAGAAUGCCCAGGGAUCUGUGGUAAUGAUGGACAUACUUGGUGUUGAUAAAUUAGCAAGUUCUUUAGCGGUAACUAUGUCAGUACAAUGUAUUGCUGUGUUCUUAGGUCCAACUAUCUCAGGCCAGUUAAUUGACAGAUAUGGCAGUUAUGAUGGAGCAUUCUAUUUUGGAGCAGGUGCAAUACUAAUUGGUGCUAUAGUGAUGGCUGCAGGUAACAUAGCGAAGUAUUGCAGGGACUCAAAAGCUAAGAAACAUCCCAAAAAUACUUGUUAAUGAAAUUACCUCAAUGUUACUAAUUGAAUAGACAUAUUAUAAGAAAGAAAUGCUUUUGUUAUCUUAUUUAUUUAUUUUUCUUUCUGUCUGUCUGCAGAUAUUGAAUUGUGAUGAUGCAAUUUUAUUUUGCUUUCUAUGGUGUAUUUGUUUUCUUUUUAAAGUGAACUGAUUUUGUUGCAACGUUAGAUGGUGUGGUUUUGAAUCUAUAUUGUGUCACCCCAGAUAAAAUUUACUUGAUUAUAUUGUUCUUGUAUACUGUGUUGGAAACGACUUUAUUUGAGUUUAUGACAGAGUCAAGGUAAUCCUAAUUUGCAGUUCCCAUUGCUGCAUUCUGUAAGACUGAUGAUGUUCCAUCAAUAAAGCUAGAAAGUCGCCAUACAUGUAUAUGACCUCUACUGUGUUGGUGCGUCUUAAAAUCCCACCAAAAAGUUACAACAAAGAAAACAAAUCUAUUGUUUCCAAAUUUGACAAGUAAAAGCAUGUUUAUUUUCUCUCGUGAAAAGUUGUUCUUGUCGUUCUUGUCAAUACAGUGAAGCGAAACCCUUUUAUCAUCUGCUGUUUCUAAUAUAUUUAUUUACUGCCAUUUCUUAUAAGCAAUUGUCCGGUUACUUAAAACUUGAAUUCUGCCAUGUGUUUUUGUCUGUCAGAUCCGUUUAAUGUAUAAUUUAACAAGGUGUUAAUUUUUGUAAUGAAAAAGUUUAUCUAAAAUUGCGUAGAUAACAAAAGGAAGAUC